ACCCUUUUGGCAAUACCGCGGACAGAAUCCCUUCCCCCAGGGACAAAUAGACAGGGAAGGAACCUUGCCGUUCGUCCAGCCAUAUCAGGCUUGGCCAAAAUUUAAUCCGUGCAAUCCGUCGGUGUCAAGGAGACAGACUCCCAUAGUUCCAUUUCCAUAUUUGCAUUAUAUGGGUCGAGCACCUGUUUAUCAGGCACAGUAUAGGCAGGUAGAUCAGAGAAAUGACCAAAAUUGGGAACAAAUGCCUUAUUUUUCGGCGCGUUACGGUCAGGACUGGCCGGAAGGGAGUUACGCAACUCCGCGAACACCCCUCCGCGCCACCGCCAGUAAAUGUUUAGCCUUACCCAGUCCAGAGGAAAGCACCAAUCCAGUAGAUUAUCAUCGAGAAGGGAAUCGAGAGGAUUCAAAAGGAAAUCGCGGCGAUAGAGUUAUUUCGAUUAAGGUCAAAGAACAACCACGCGGUUUGCUUAAUGUAAGAGACGAGGGAUGCGAUGCGAUCCCGUUGGCGGGAAUCGGUAGAUCUAAGAGCGAGGAUUCUCCGCGAGAUUUACCGCCUUGCACCUUAAUCUGCGAAAUAGAAGACAAAAGAACGCGGCUUACUAUAGAUACAGGCGCAGCCGUUACGUUAGUAUCAAAAGCGCUCUUCCAAGAGUUAGGCAGAUUGCAGGAAGCGCAAACGAGCGCAUUAGAUUUAAUAAGUGUAACAGGUCACGGGAUAGAAAUAAUAGGGAAAUAUAUCCUAAAUUUUAAGAUAGGUAAUUUAAAGUUUGUGCACGAAUGUUAUGUGGUAGACCCUAAAAUAACCGAACCAAAUGAGGGAAUUUUAGGAAGGGAUAUAAUAGAGAAAUAUGAUAUAACCAUUUCCGUUAAAAACGCGAAGUUAAUAUUCCCAACAGGAGAUGAGGUAACCUUCUGGGGAUUGGCAAGUGUUCAUAACAACAUUAGUGAUUCGCAAAGCUUAGAAAUAAACGAUAGCAGACAGAACGAAAGAAGUCAACGUGGUCAGUUCGAAGAAAAUGUGACCGGCGUAGACAAUGUUAGAGAAGAUCGGAACAAGGUUAAUAAAAGUAACAAAUAUAAGAAGAAGGGAAAAGGAAACCGCGAACAUAUAAAUAAACAGAGUAAAGUGUUAGAAACUAUAGGCCGAAGGGCAACAGUUAGAAAAAACGAAAGGAAAGAUGACCCUCCGAAGGUAGUCACAUUGUUAAACGAUUGCGUAGUUCCCCCGCGAUCGGAAGUCGUGGUGAAAGGAAACGUGAGAGGAGAAGUUGUUAACCAAGUAGGUGUAGUCGAACCUUGUACUUUGGAUAGAGAAGGAGCGUUUAUCGCAGGUGUCUUAGUGAAAACGCAACACCGCGGCAGAAUACCGAUUAGGAUUAUGAAUGUGUCCACUCAACCUAUAAAAUUUAAUAGGGGAAGUAGAGUAGGGACCUUUUUUAAGGCAGAAGAAGAAACAAAGGAAAGCGUAGAACGAAACAAUACAUUGCAAUCCAAAGAAAAAGAGCUGACUAGAGCGCAGGUAGCUAAUCUAUUCGAUUUAAGUGAAGUGGGGAAGGACAAGUUGACUCCAUUGCUGGACUUAUUGUAUAAAUACAAACAGGUGUUUGCAAAGGACGAUUUCGACUUGGGAUAUUGUAGUUUAACCGAACAUAAGAUAGAUACAGGCGAUAGUCCUCCAAUCUAUCGAGCUCCAUAUCGCAUUCCGUAUGCGCAGCGAGAAAUUAUGGACAAAUUAAUAGAGAACAUGAUGGAAAGUGGGGUAGUUGAACCAUCAAGCUCCCCGUGGUCAGCACCGGCAUUAUUGGUCAAGAAAUCUGAUUCAAGUUAUCGAUUUUUGGUGGACUAUAGACAACUAAAUAAAGUGACGAAGAUAGACCCUUACCCCUUACCGUUGAUCCAGGAAUCCUUGAGCUUGUUAGGCAAGACUAAAUAUUAUUCCACGAUGGACACAUUGAGUGGUUAUUGGCAAUUGCCGCUGAGCCCGGAUUCAAAGGAGAAAACUGGGUUCAGUACUCCCUCGGGGCAUUAUGAGUUCAAUCGUCUCGCUAUGGGUCUUUGUAAUUCGGCUGCCACAUUCCAACGUUGCAUCUACGAUAAUUUUAUCGCCAUUGGUAUAUAUAAUUCUUCUUUCUUCACACCCGAAUAUAGAUUUAAAAUCGUGUGUUUCAUGAAAAGAUUUGGUGGAAGACCUUUCGGAAUAUCUAUGUGGGGAUUUUUCUACGUGAAGAAAACUUUUUUGAUAAGGAGGAGGAAAGGAAACCAUGAACAGAUAAAUAAACAGAGUAAAGUGUUAGAAACUAUAGGCCACAGAGCAACAGUUAGAAAAAACAAAAGGAAAGAUGACCCUCUGAGUGUUGUCAUGUUGUUAAACGAUUGCAUAGUUCCCCCGCGAUCGGAAGUCAUGGUGAAAGGAAACGUGAGAGGAGAAGUCGUUAACCAAGUAGGUGUAGUCAAACCUUGUACUUUGGAUAGAGAAGGAGCGUUUAUCGCAGGUGUCUUAGUGAAAACGCAACACUGCGGCAGAAUACCGAUUAGUAUUAUGAAUGUGUCGACUCAACCUAUAAAAUUAAAUAGGGGAAGUAGAUUAGGGACCUUUUUUAGGGCGGAAGAAGAAACAAAGGAAAGCGCAGAAGGAAACAAUACAUUGCAAUCCAAAGAAAAAGAGCUGACUAGAGCUCAGGUAGCUAAUCUAUUUCAGGUAGCUAAUUUAAGUGAAGUGGGGAAGGACAAGUUGACUCCUUUGUUGGACUUAUUGUAUAAAUACAAACAGGUGUUUGCAAAGGACGAUUUCGACUUGGGAUAUUGCAAUUUGACCGAGCAUAAGAUUGAUAUAGGCGAUAGUCCUCCACUCUAUCAAGCUCCGUAUCGCAUUCCCUAUGUGCAGCGAGAAAUUAUGGACAAAUUAAUAGAGAACAUGAUGGAAAGUGAGUUCCACAAUGGACACGUUGAGUGGUUAUUGGCAACUGCCGCUGAGCCCGGAUUCAAAAGAGAAAACUGGGUUCAGUACUCCAUCGGGCAUUAUGAAUUCAAUCGUCUCGCUAUGGGUCUUUGUAACGUGGCUGCCACAUUCCAACAUUGUGCAGAUUUAAUAUUAAGUGGAUUAAAAAACAAAAUAUUCUUAGUAUACAUGGAUGAUAUCCUUGUGUUUACCCACCUACAGAGGUUAGAACUAGUGUUCCAGAGGUUGGCCGCAGCAGGCCUAAAACUUAAACCCAGGAAAUGUCACUUUUUAAAGAGACAGAUAAAAUUUUUGGGACACAAGGUCUCAGAAGAGGGAAUCCAACCAGAUUCUGGAAAAAUAGAAUCUGUUUGAGACUUCCCAUGUCCGAGAAAUGAGCGAGAUGUAGGUGCAUUUUUGGGAUUAACGGGUUACUACCGAAGACACACAGCCCAUUAUGCAAAAAUUUCAAGGCCCCUAUCAGAUCUUUUGAAGAAAGACACGAAGUUUCAAUGGAGAGAAGAACAGGAGUCCACUUUUGAGAGAUUGAAAAAAACGUUAACCUCUGCUCCUCUGUUAAGAGCGCCGGACUUUAGUCAACCCUUUAUUAUUGCAACAGAUGCAUCAAACGUAGCCAUUGGUGCCAUGCUGUCUCAGGAGGAUGAAAGUGGCGAACUC